AUGUACCCGGCCUGGGGCUUGUACGGGGCGGCCGGGCACUACCCGCCGCCCCCCACCUCCAUCCCGCCCCCGCCGCUGCCCAUCCCUCCCCCCAGCGUGCCGCCUCCCGCCGUUCCGCCGAUGCCGCUCCCCAGCUACCCGCCACCGGGGCCCGCGCCCCCCGCCGCCGCGCCGCCGCCCGCCGGUUCCUCGGGGUUCCUGAGCCUGCAGGAGCAGCACCUGGCCCAGCUGCAGCAGCUCCAGCAGAUGCACCAGAAGCAGCUGCAGUCCGUACUCUUGGGUCCCCCGCCGCCGCCGGGCCCGCCCCCGCCGGGGCUGCCGCCGCCGCCGCUGCCCGGCUCCUUCACCGACUGGCAGCAGCAGCCGCCGGUGCCGCCGGUGCCGCCGCCGGUCCGCAGCUACCAGAAGCAGUACGGCCACCGUGAGCCGCCGCCGCGCAAGCCGCCCCCCGCGGCCCGGGACCGCGACGGGCAGGAGCCGCCGGGCGGGCGCGGCGACUGGGGCGAGCCGGUGCCCGCCGAGCCGGUGCCCAUGGACAUGGAGCUGUCCUCGCCGCCGCAGUCCCCGCAGCCCGGCGCCCAGCCCUACCUGCCCCCCGCCCAGCCCUACCUGCCGCCGCCCCAGAGCGAGCCUUACCUGCCCCCCGCCCAGCCGCCCCCCGCGCAGUCCCCGCCGCUCCAGCCCUACCUGCCCCGGGCGCAGCCCUCCCAGCCGCCCCCCUCCUUCUCUGAGCCCCCGCCCUCCUACCUGGAGCCCCCGACGGCCACCGCCUCCCAGCCCUACCUGCCGCCUCCUGCCCAGGGCUACAUGGCACAUGCCCAGCCCUACCUGCUCUCCUCCCAGGCCUCUCCUUCCCAGCCCGCCCUGGCCCCCUCCGUCCCUCCCCCGGUGAAGCCAUCGCAGGCUCAUUUCCCCCCGCCCCAGACGUCCCUGCCCCCGCCCGCCGCUGCCCCGCCGGAGGCAGCGCCAGGUGCCGCCAAGGAGGGCGGGGGCGCGGAGCAGCCGGACCCCUCCACCAUGACUCCCCAGGAACAGCAGCAAUACUGGUACCAGCAGCACCUGCUUAGCCUGCAGCAAAGGGCAAAGGCCCAUGCUCAGGGACAGCAGCAGAUGAAAAGCCCAGUAGUGAAGGAUGAGCAGAGAGCAAAGUCUGAAGAAGAGAAAAUGAGUGCUUCAAAUCAACAGUCUGAACCUCCUGCUCUUAAUGAAUCCCUGCCUCCAGCAUCCAAAGAAGAGGAGUCUUCUCUUACAUCCACUGAACCUCAGCUCAAUAUUGAACCUCCUGAUGACCCUGAGGAGGAUUUGAGAUUGCAGCAAUUGCAAGCAGCAGCAGCUCAAUGGCAGCAGCACCCCCAUCAGCGGGUUGGGUUCCAAUAUCAGAGAAUAAUGCAGAAGCACGCUCAGCUGCAGCAGAUAGUACAGCAGUAUCAACAGAUCAUGCAACAGCCUCCACACUUAGAGACAAUGUCAGUGGACAUGCAGCUGCGACAUUAUGAGGCACAGCAAAAACAGUUCCAGCAGCUUCAUAAAGAUUGGGAGCGAUCAAUGAACCAGCAGUGGCAGCAUCAGCUUCAAACCUACCCUCACAAAGACCAGCUUCAAGAGUAUGAGAAGCAGUGGAAAGCAUGGGAUGAACAGAUGAAGGUUACUCAGUCACAUCUGCAGGAAAAAGUGACCUCACUCCAAAAUCUGAAGAAUCAAUAUCCUGCAAAUGUGUCACUGCCACCUCCAUUUAUUCCAUAUUCCCAAACUGGUCAAGGUGGCAUUCCUGUUAUGCCUCCAGCUUUACCUUCAACUACACCUCCACUGGCUCCCCCACCCCUCUCUUCUGUUUCUCAGUUAUCCAAUUCCUCUGUCCCUUCAGGAUCCGGUUCUCAAAGCAGUCAAGCUACUGAAGCGCCAAGGCCAGCUCUCCUUCCCACCCCUGGUACCUAUGCAUCAAAAAUAGCUAGUUCAACUAGCUAUUCACCUUACCAUUCUCAAGUAGGUUCAUCCUUUGGCUCAUCUGACCAUGGAAAAUCUCAAGGUCAUCUUAGUAAACAAACUGUAAAUAUUUCAUCUGAACAGCAGUGUGGGGAACUGAAAGGCACUUCUGCAGUGUCUUCGACACACACGCCUGUUGUGCAGGAUAAACCGGUGAGAUCAGGUGGAUUGCUUCCAGAUCCUCCCAGAUCAGCACGUUUUGAAGGCCCUAGAGGCCCUAGAUUUGACGGGCCUCGAGGAAGAGGAUAUGACAAGUUUGAAGGCUCAAGGCAGAGAGGACCUCGUUUUGACUCCCAGCGCUCAGAAGGAUACAGGUCACGUUUUGACCGACAGAAUACAGAUGGACAGUCUUCAAGCAGAUGGGGCUCUAUCCCACGAGGACCAGCAGGACAAUUUUAUACAGCAAAUGCAUCACAUGGACACGGUUCCCGACCUAGUGGUCCACGGUGGAUGGGGCCCAGGCCUCACUUGGGACAGCAGCAGCAGCAGCAGACGCAGAUAGACUCACAGUCAGAAAGCAAAGAGCCUUUUACAGACACGGCUGGCGAUCAGCAGUCUGUGAGCAGAACUGAGUCUGCUCCUGACGCACAGAGUGCAGGUCCCAUUGAGCCAAAUGAGGACCUGACAGACACUCAACAGGAAGCACCCAAACCUGAAGUCAAAGAACCUAGUUCAGACCCUCCUAAAAAGUGGACAUGGAGUUCACAUGAUCCCAACCAGCAAGUAGAAGAGUCCAAGGCACCCACCCCACCUAUUCAGAACCAGAAUACAGUACCCUCUGCAGAAGGAAAUGAGAAUUUGGAUACACCAGAUAUCCAGUUGACUGCUUCAGAUAGCACCCAGGGCCUACCUGGACCGGAAGGCAGAGGAAAAGGGCCAUUCAUGCAUGAAGAUAGAGGAAAGGGACCAGGAAGCAGAGGAAGGGGCCGUGGCAGAGGGCAAGGGGAUGGCCGUGGCUGGGGAAUGAGCCGUGGCCGGGGAAUGGGAAGGAUGGAUGGUGGCCGGGGAAUGGGAAGGGUGGACGGUGGUUGGGGAAUGGGCAGGAUGGAUGAUGGCCAUGGCCGGGGAAUGGGCAGGAUGGAUGAUGGCCGUGGUAGAGGAUAUGUAUACAGAGGCAGAGGGCAGGCUAGGCAGCCAUCCAUCCGUGGCAGGGGAGCAUUCAGGAGUGCAGACAACAGGGAGAGGAUGCCAGAUAGACGGUCAGGCAGCAGGGAGAGGAUGCCAGAUGGACAGUCAGGCAGCCGGGAGAGGGGGCCGGCUGGACGGUCAGAUAGCCAUGAGAGGCUGUUCUCUAACCGAGACAGAGAGCCACCUGGACGGACAGGCAGCUGGGACAGGGGCCGGGCAGGAAGCCGGGAGAGAGGCCCGGUGAGACGCGCCUCUAGCCGGGAAAGAGAGCCCGUGCGGCGGGCAGGGAGCCGGGAGAGGGAGCCCAUGCGGCGGGCGGGGAGCCGUGAGAGGGUCCCCGUCAGGCGGGCAGGGAGCCGGGAGAGGGUCCCCAUCAGGCGGGCAGGGAGCCGGGAGAGGGACCUGGGCAGGCGGGCAGGUAGCCGGGAGAGGUGUCCCAUCAGAAGGGGAGAUAGCCAUGAGAGGGAAGCAGGAAGAUCUGAAACAGGCAGUAUGGGUAAACCCAUUCACUUAGGAGAUGACCCUGACAAAUUGCCUCCGUAUCAUCGAGAUGAAACAUUCAGGGGUUCUUGGGGUCAUGAAGAUGAUACAAUGCAGGAGGAAUUUCCUUUAGAUAAUCAAGAUGACCCAUCUUUGGAGCAUGAGCAGUUGGAUGAGUGGGAAAGAGAACAAUACUGGAGAGAUCACAACUCUGAUUAUCAGGAUGAUUCUGUACAUGUGUAUGACAGAGAUGACAGGUUGCAAUCCCACCAUUCACUGCCUCCAUUGUCUCCCCUACCACCACUACCUCCUUUAUCAUCUGAUCACGACAGACGAGAUUCGUGGUGGGAUGACUGGAAAAGGCCAAGAGAAAGGGAACUGGAGAGAGAUCUAGAUAGAACUGGAAGAUCCUCAGAUAUUUAUGAUCAAGAUUUAGACAAAGAAUGGGAUAGAGACUGGGACAUGAGACAUAUGGAUGACAGAGAAAUGGGGAAUCGUGACCUGGAUAUCCCCCCUCUACCACCAUUACCACCCCUUCCACCUCUGGACAGGUAUCGUGAAGAUAGGUGGAGGGACGAUAGGAACAGAGAUCAUUAUGACAGAGAUCUCCGAGACAGGGGCGAGCUUAGGAUUCGAGAAUAUCCGGAGAGAUACGACACGUGGCGGGAGAAGCAGGACUACCUUCCUGAAAGGACUGACUGGGAGAGAGAACGCCUGUCAGAUAGGUGGUAUCCAGAUGAUGGAGAGAGACUGAGGUCUCUGGAUGACCACUCAGAUACAUCCCUUCCCCCCCCUUCGCAUUCCUCUGAUAUGCUGGGAGCAGAUUCAAACCUGGACUCUGACCAGUCCUUGGGAGGAGUGAUGGUCCUAAGCCAAAGACAGCAUGAGAUAAUUCUGAAGGCUGCCCAGGAGCUCAAAAUGCUUCGGGAGCAAAAAGAACAGCUACAGAAGUUGAAGGAGUUCAAACCUGACAUUUCCACCCAAGAGUCUCCAAGAUCACAGAACACAAGCACAAGGCCAGGUGCCUUUCAGGAACGCUGGGAUGAGGACUCUUUCCACGGACUCUGGGACACAAAUGAGGAUAAAGGUGCCAACAUGGAGUACGAGCUGUGUAAACAGGAGUCCAUGAUGCCUCCCCCUGUCUCCUCGCCCGUGAAGAUACCUGCUGUCCACACCUCCAUUCCACCAGCUGUACCAGUGUCCCUUUCUCCCGUUAUUCCAGCGGUUCCCAAAGCACCCAUCAUUCAGCAAACGGUGGAUUAUGGCCACGGGCGAGAUAUAACCACGAGUAAAGUGGAACAGAUUCCAUAUGGGGAGAGGGUAACCCUUCGUCCAGAACCUCUACCAGACAGGCAAACAUUUCAAAAAGAGCAUCCAGGUCGCUACAAUAGAGAAAGAGACCGUGAGCCUUAUUUUGAGCGUCAGGGUAAUUCCAGCACAGAUCACCGGGAUUUCAAGAGGGAGCGGGAAUUGCACAGAGACCGAGGCUCUGUGGACUACGAACGAGAGAGGUUUGACAAGGAGCGGCACCCCCGAGACGACAGGGUUCUUCCUACCACACCUUCAAGGACUCAGUCUUACCGUGACAAGAAAGACCAUCCAUCCUCCAGGCGAGGUGGUUUUGACAGACCACCAUAUGAACGAAAGACAGAUCGUCCAGCAUAUGAUCAUGGGCCUUCCAUGUUUGGAGAAAAUUCUUCUGUCCAAACACUGGAAUUUGAAGGUGAUCGUAGAAAUUACCCUGAGGAAAGGAUUCCUAUUUCUGCUCCAUCAAUGCCUCGUCAGCCACCACCUGCUCCACGAGUAGAAAGGAAGCCAGAAUCUAAAAAUGUAGAUGAUAUCUUAAAGCCACCAGGGCGGGAUAGCAGGCCAGAGAGGAUUGUGAUCAUCAUGAGAGGGUUACCUGGCAGUGGAAAGACACAUGUAGCAAAACUCAUCAGGGAUAAGGAAGUAGAAUGUGGAGGACCUGCGCCAAGAGUGCUCAGCCUGGAUGACUACUUUAUCACUGAAGUGGAGAAAGAGGAGAGAGACCCAGAUACAGGGAAAAAAGUUAAAAAGAAGGUGAUGGAGUACGAAUAUGAGGCUGAUAUGGAGGAGACCUAUCGUACCAGCAUGUUUAAAACUUUCAAAAAGACCUUGGACGACGGCUUCUUUCCCUUCAUUAUCCUUGAUGCUAUCAAUGACAGAGUGCGACACUUUGAACAGUUCUGGAGUGCUGCAAAAACAAAGGGGUUUGAGGUGUACUUAGCUGAAAUGAGUGCAGAUAACCAGACGUGUUCCAAGAGGAAUAUUCAUGGGCGCAAGCUAAAGGAUAUCAGCAGGAUGUCUGAUCACUGGGAGGCAGCACCACGCCACAUGAUGCGCCUGGACAUUCGUUCUCUGCUGCAGGAUGCUGCUAUCGAAGAGGUGGAGAUGGAGGAUUUUGAUGCAAAUAUUGAAGACCAGAAAGAAGAAGCAAAGAAGGACACAGCAGAGGAAGAAGAAAGUGAACUGGGUUACAUUCCGAAAAGCAAAUGGGAGAUGGACACUUCUGAGGCAAAGCUAGACAAGCUGGACGGAUUGCGGACUGGCGCUAAAAGAAAACGUGACUGGGAAGCAAUUGCCAGCAGAAUAGAAGAUUAUCUGCAGCUUCCAGACGACUAUGAUACACGUGCUUCUGAACCUGGAAAGAAAAGGGUGCGAUGGGCAGAUCUAGAAGAAAAAAAAGAUGCUGACAGGAAAAGGGCCAUCGGUUUUGUUGUUGGACAGACUGACUGGGAGAAGAUAACAGAUGAAAGUGGUCACCUUGCCGAGAGAGCCCUCAACCGCACCAAGUAUAUCUGAAAAAGUGGUUAAGUGGAUUUUUGUGCCUUUGAGGCCAUUUGCUCUGCAGAGAAGUGAACCAAGGUGUCAUGAGCAUCUUGCAUGGGUCAUGUCACUCCCACCUUCACAGUUUUUCUUUGUUACUUUAAUUUCAGCAAUUUUCUUGAGAUACUGGCAGAUAACUGGCAGUGCCCUCAAAAAACUCAAUGAAUCCCACUACUCCUAAGUGAGAGAGAAAGUUUACUUUUUAAUAUUUUUGGAGGGGAGGGAGGGGGAGGGUCAGUAGUUUUAGCUGCUCUUUGUGGGAUAAAGUGGAAGGAUUAGACAGAUGUUACCUCCACUGUACCGUCACAGAAUGUUUAUCACCUUUGCUCUGUGGAUGUUCUCGUUUUAUACUGUAUGUACCUUGUAGCUUAUUGUAUUAGGAAGCAGAACAAUAAAUUUCACUAUAAACUCAGUGUUCUUGGUGGACCAUGUAGUAUGGUUUUUGUUUGACAUUUUGAAUGUGGUCUGUGUUCACAUGUUAGUGCUCAGAACCAUCCUUACCUGGAAGACAUGCUGUGCUCAUAUUCUGGAAUGUGUCCUGUCUUCUAGGUUUUUCACCUGCUCUUUUCUCAUAGACAGAUCCAUUAAGACCCCAGGUCUUGCUGGCCUUUAGGAGUUCAUGUUCCUGGAAAGCAGGAAUAUCAUUAUGUUUGGAUCCUAGUUUCUCAGUUAUGUCAAAUUUUCGUUACUACGUGAGUAUGAAUUCUAUUGGGUGGUUAUGUAAUGUUCAAGGUAGCAGUGUAUGAAAAACUUGUCUUUAAUGCUCAAUAUGAAAACAGGUACUAUAGAGUUUUCUGAGGGGCAGCCUAGAAAAUUUGUUUUGGUCUUCUUGUGUCUUUUAUUCAACACUAAUCCCUAUCAGUGUAUUUAAUUCCAUUCAUAAGUCUACUGAGUCAUAGAGAUACAUCAUUAAAAGAAGUGACAAAGACCAGAAGUUACACCCUUCUUUACCUUUGAUAAAUGUGUUAAGCUUGAUGAAAAAAAAGAUGAGUGAAUAACAGUCCACACUACUAAAAGUAGUACAGAUUCUUCAUAGAUGCUGGGAUAUCACUUCUGCAGAGCAUUGAGUUUGCUGGUGAAAACUUUCUUAUGUCCUCGCAGAUUUCAAAGCAAAUGCUUUGCAUUUACGAUGUCAUACCAGGAAGGAUGUUUAAAUUUGAAAAUAAUUGCUGUUUAAAUAUUGAAUUGAAUUUUCCUCCUGAUCUUUCUGAGGAAAGAAAAUGAAGUCCUGAAUUUUCCUUCUCUGUUGUGUGAUUACAUUGUGCUUUGCGUCUAGGUUGGUAAAUCAGCUUGUUCUGGUGUGAUGGUGUAGAUUAGGUUGUUAAAGGAGACCAUGGUUGUAAUAGAUGGGUUUGUUUGCCAUUCUAAUGUUUUGGUAUUUGGCUGCUUCUCAGCCUUCUCUGUGGUGCAUGAUUAAAAGUUCUUCAGUAAACAAGGGGAAUAGCUGAACUUGUAUUAUGCCCCAAAUAUGUUUAAUACAAGAAAAUUGAGCUCCCUGAAUGCAGCAUUUUUAAAAUAGAAGGUAUUAAAUGUACAUCUUCUGCAUACACUUACUUUACAUAGCAUAUAUGCUUCUAAAAUGUUGCUCAGUAAGUACUCUUUGAAUUGUGACAGAGAAUUGUUGGCAAAAGAAAACUAAUAGCUAACAAGAAAUGAGUACUGUGUAUUGCUGUGGAAAUUAAGUGAGCUUCACUUUGGAGAAGUUACUCUCAGGUAUGCGUAAAAUGGAUUUCAGUCUAUACUCAGUUUUUCAUAACAAAACUGAAGUUCUCGUGGUACACCAUGAGUUGAUGCUGCUUCUUGACUCUUAAGAACUGAUAGUGAUUUUGCCUGUAUUUUUGGUAAUAGAACUGUACCAGAUCCUUUUCUAACAUUUUUCUUUUCAGACUAAAGAGUACUUCUGGAGCAUUCAAAUGGAUAGUGUCUGUCAGAAGUUAUAAUGUUUACUGGUUUUACAAAUUUUGAUAUUAUUUUAGCAGAUAAUACUGAGAGGUUAUGUCAUGCUGUUUAUUCUGUGGUGCAUGUAGAACUAAAGAAAAAUGAGCAGAGAAUAUUCAUAAAAUUAUAUUUUACUCUGAUAAGAACUGGCAGAAAAUAUAUCAGUCUUGAAGUUUAAAGCAAAAUUCACUUAUGAAAACAUACCAUUGUAGACUGUUGUCAGACUGUUUGACCAGAAAAGGCUGAAAGGCUUGGGUUUUGUUGUUUUCCUGAAGUUCAGUUGUUUUCCCCUUCUUUAGUACAGAAAUAUCAAUGUAUCCAUAAUCUUUGCCAUUUGUUUCAGUUGGUUUGAAUGCUUAGCAGACCACUCUUCAACUUCUUGAUGGGAAGCGGCUCUGAAAGAAAAUAACUUACGCCAGAACUACAACCUAUAGCAGAUUCUACAUACUCCAGACAUUCAGUGACUGAAGAAAACAAGCAAAAAGGAAAAAUUCAUCAUUGAUGCUGGCAGAACUGAGAAUAGCUAGCUAGUCCCUUGCUUGGCUCCUAACCAGAGUUUGGUAAUUAGUGAUUUUGCUUUUGUCUGGGAAGUCCUUAAGUACAGAAUACAUUGUCCUGAUCCUGAUUUAGCUCUUACUCUUAUGCUUGCUGAAAUUGUCAGUAGAACCUUUCACAGCACUGAGCAGAAUGAAUUUCAGCUUUCAUUGGUAUUUAAAUAGGAAGAUAUGCAUCUAGCACUCUCAUGUAAUGAUCACUCUUUGACCAUGCAUGCAAUUGUGCUAACUCUAAGUUGAGCUGUUUCUUUGCACCAUAUUGAAAAAUUCAGCUCUGAAAAAAAUAUCAGUUACUGCAGAAUGGAGUUGCUACCUUCUCAGCAAAGUUGACUGUUAAAACAGUAUUUUCUGUGAAUUAUAGUUUCUUAUGACACUUCAGUUUUUUUCAAGUCAGUUUGCUUUUUUAAUAUUGAAGCUACCUGUCUCAUGAGAUAAAUACAUGUGGUUUCUUGCAAGGGAAUGUGCAGCAUGCUGUGCUAUGUGAAUAGAGCACAGUUGUCAUCCUCAGUCUCCUUGUGUUUUACUGUAGGAUUGCUCUUUAAGUGUUAUGGUCUGAUUAUGGUAAGAAAGAGUGAAAUAAUAGCUGAGAGUAUUAGGUCAGUUCUAGAAAUUUGUUUUCCUUGAAUUUUUACAUCAACAAAGAUAAAUAACUUACUUUGCAUUAUUAGUUCUGAGUCUUUUGAAGGGAAGAAUUGGUAUUGGUACAAGUUAGUUUUACUUUUCACGCAUCAAGUUGGGUUUGGCAUUUUUUAGACUUUGCUUCGGUCAUCUUUGUUAACCCUGUCCAUUAGUUUUUCCUUGCCUGUCUGUCGAUACAUAGAAUACAUCACUGCUCUUUUCUCUUUGUAAAGCGUUGUUUUAAAUAUUUUCAGAAGCCUUUUAAUCUCUGAGCAACUGUUCAGGUAACCAUGGGGAUACUGAGAAGAUUUCAGUAGAAUCUUUUCUGAAAGGAUUGAAUCGGAAAAAUAGAGUUGUGACAUUACACUGAAACAAAUAUGAACCUAUCCCCAAAAAGCCCAUGUCUAAUGCAGUUGAAUAGUUAAAAAUUAUCAUAGAACUGUAAGUUGCAAGUCACAUUAGAAAGUGUGAUUCCUACAGAAGUAUAGUCUGUUGGUAGUGUGCUUUCAAAUGAGAGAGAAGAGCAUGACCUCACCAGCCAAAAUCAGUUUUUCCCAAUUUGAGAUUUCAACAUUAUCAGGACACUUUGAGAAUCCUUUUGAAAGGAAUAAAGUAAUUCUGCUUGUGGGACACCUUGCUGUCAUCUAAACAAAUUUAUUAUUACCAGAAGAAAAAAUACUUUGUUCAUUUAUAUAAAUGCAGCUGUCAUGGUGAAUCAUUUUUUGAGCCCUUAGGAGACAAUUUCCCUUAGCAGACUGUGCCAUCUCAUGUUGUUGCCACCCAUGCAAUACUGGACAGACCUUGGGAUUUAAAGAAAUGUGGUUGAGCUGGGUUUGGAAGCAAAAGAUGCUUUUUUGCUAUGAAGUUCAUGCUGUCUCUGGCAGCAUGCAGCUAGGUAGCUGUGAGCUGACUGAACUGAAGGCCUGGAACUCUCCUGGGAGUAUUGUAAUUCAGCAUUCUAGGACUGGAAAGGAGAAACAGUACUGUGUUUUCUUUGCUUAUGGAAUGUUCGCAUGGCAUGCAUCCUCAGGAAGCUAAAUAAUGAUAGAUACAUGGUUUCUUUCUGUUGUGUCUCUCUUCACUGUUUAAUGUUUCCCAGAUAACUUCUGGAAAAUGAGUUCUAAAUUCUGAUCUUGGGUCCACUGACAAUUUGUGAUCAAACUGCAGCAGGACAACUUGCAUACU